GUCUCGGCGCGCGGCUCCUCCCCUGAGCUCUGCCGGGUCGCUGAGUCGCGCCUCCCUCGUGGCCGCAAGAUGCACGCGGACGACGUUGUCUGGGACACUCUUGGCAAUAGACAGUUCUGCUCAUUUAAGAUCAAGACGAAAACACAGAGCUUUUGCCGGAAUGAAUUUAAUAUAACAGGCCUGUGCAACCGCUCCUCCUGCCCCUUGGCAAACAGCCAGUAUGCUACCAUUAAGGAAGAGAAAGGGCAGUGUUACCUAUACAUGAAGACAAUUGAACGUGCUGCAUUCCCCAAUCGGCUGUGGGAAAGGGUCCGGCUGAGCAAGAACUACGAGAAAGCGCUGGAGGAGAUUGAUGAGAACCUGAUCUAUUGGCCCCGCUUCAUCCGGCACAAGUGCAAACAGCGCUUCACCAAGAUCACCCAGUACCUGAUCCGAAUCCGCAAGCUAACUCUCAAGAGGCAGAGGAAACUUGUUCCGUUAAGUAAAAAGAUCGAAAGGCGUGAGAAGAGGCGAGAGGAAAAAGCUCUGAUUGCUGCUCAGCUGGACAACGCAAUUGAGAAAGAAUUGCUGGAGAGACUCAAGCAGGAGACGUACGGCGAUAUCUACAACUUCCCCAUCCAUGCCUUCGACAAAGCUCUAGAACAGCAGGAAGUGGAGAGUGAGAGUGACUCGGAUACAGAGAAGAAGGACGAGGAGGAAGAGGACUCAAACAAGAGAGAAUUUGUGGAAGUAGAUGAGAGUGACCUCAGUGACUUUGAGGAUAUGGAUAAACUGGCAACGAGCAGUGAGGAGGAGGAGGAGGCUACAUCCAGUGAGGAGGAAGAGAAAGGCCAGCGGCCCAAGUCUAAAGGCAAAACUCCCUUGAAGGGGCCAGCAGUCAGGAAAAAACGAGCUUAUGUUGAAAUAGAGUAUGAGCAGGAGACAGAACCGCUGUCUAAAUCGAAAGCAACGUGAUUCCUCCCGGUGUGUGGGGGCAGAUCUGAAAAAUGGACUGAAUGAACUAGCUGGUGGGAUGUUUCUCCGCAAAGGCUGACUCACCAAGACUCAAGUUCAUACAGGAAAAGUUCCAGCUGCUUGCAGACCUAGUGAGCUGGCAUUCCCAGAUGCCGCAGGGUAUAUUUUUGCAUAUUGACAAUUUAAAACUUCAUCUAUUUUUAAGGCUACCCAACUAAGAUUGUUAAAUAUUUGUAUAUGUCUAUUAAUUUGUGAGCUGCAUUGAAGGGUUUUUUUUGGGGGGGGG